CUGUGCCUCACCUAACGCGACAACUGUCAACCAGGUCAAGUGCAUUUGUAUGCCGUGGCUGUGCAGGCUAUGCAUGAUCAAAUGGCUUGCAAAGGGCUUCAAAUUUGUUAUUUAUCCAAAACCCAAUAGACACCGUGGCGGAAGCUUGUGGCGCAACGGAUUCAGCUGUUCAUAGUGGGCGAGUAGCGGGCCCAAAGCCUCGAACAGUGAUCACCAAACGCCCAUCGCCAGCCAGACUGUGCCAACACCAUCCAGCCCGCGACAGCUACUACAAUGGCGUCCAAGGCGGCAGCGGCUGCCGCUGGUGGCGUCAUGAGCAUCACCACGAAACAAACGCUCCAGUCGACGGGCAUGUGGGAGCGCCUCCGCCGGGCGCUUGCCAUCGACCCGAACCGGUCCAACGGCGUGCCGCUCAACCCGCACUUCCGCUACCCGGCCCCGGGCGACCUGGACCCGGCAAAGUACGACGACCCCGUGACGCUGCCGGCCGGCGACAUCGCCGACAACCCCUACUGGAAGCGCGACUCGCGCCGCGGCUACGCCGCGCUCUCGGUGGUGCGCCAGGCCGACGCCGUCGCCCUGCUGAGCGUGGGCAGCGCCUCGUCGCCCAAGGCCGAGCUGGUCGGCGAGGCCGGCGAGAAGGCCCUCGUGGCGGCCAGGGACGCCGGCGCCGCGGGCCUGGCCGCCUUCAUCGAGAGGGCCGGCAAGGGCGCCGCGCUCGACGUGCUGGUCAACGGCCUGCCGCCCACCCCGGCCGGCGAGAGCCUCGCGUCGGGCAAGUGGGACGUGCACAAGUACGGGCUGACGGAGCCGUCGUACUCGGCAGAGUACCCAUGCAGGUCAUUCAAGUGAGCUGCGGGAGGUCUUGGGGGAACAGUGUACAUAUCGGAUCGGAGACCAUCAUAGACUUGAUUUGCAAAAAGGGCCUCCUUUUGUUCAUCCCUCGAGUUCAACGUGGCCUGGCUAUCGCGGGGCAGCAAUACCGGCCGAGCCUAUAUCAUGCUGACGAACAUAGUCAUGAAUUCCCGCCUGCCAAUGGUAUCUCGCGUCUGAGAGUCUGGGUGAUUCUUGCUGAUUUCUCUCUCAAAUAGUUGAAGCAGAGGUUACGCCCGCGGCCUCCUGGCCAGCUGGUAUUGCGCGCUUGGGAGUUUGCUCACCCGCCGUCUUCUCGAUGAUUCUGGCUUUCCCUCGCGCCCGCUUCACCCUGUCGUCAAAGUCGUUGACUGCCUCGUCGGUGUUCUCGGUCGACAAGGUCUCGGGCUCGACCAGGGCGUGGAGUGUCGCGGUGUUCUUUCUCAGCCUGGGGUUCGCUGGGAGCGGCGGGAGCUCCUGCCGCUCGGGCACAGUAUCCGCCCGUCCCUCUGGUUUCUCUGCUUGCUGCGAAAGACGGGCGCCCCAGACCAGAGAUCUGCCAUAUAGUCUCCCGGCUUCGAGGAAUUUCUCAUAUCCUUUUUCUAGACCGAGUGCCCGACCUUCAAUCUUGCCGGCCUUUCCGCCGUCUGCAGUCCCUUGUUGGUAGCCUUCCUGAUAGAACUGAUCUUCCAGGUUCAGGAUAUGAUCGAACGGGUCCAACGCCAUGGUGCAAGGAGGGGGGGAUUGUGAGGGCAGCGACUGGUUCUUCUAUUGUUGCUAUUAGCUUCCGAAUCCUUCCAUCACCGAGUCCUUUUUUCUUAUGGCGACGGCGCUGCCACUUGCCUUGACGCUUUCACCUUGCACACAGUUUGUUGACAAGAAUUGAGUGAGAG